AUGAAUAUGUUCGCCUUUACUGGUGACAGUUAUCAGCAAACCAUCCACUCAAUCCAGGACAGUCCAGUCCAGGCUCUACAAGGAGACGGCGUGACUCUCUCCUGCAACUACUCCUCAGCAACAAACCUCUUCUGGUAUCGGCAGUACCCCAGCUCACCUCCCCAGUUCCUUAUCAAAGAUUACAUGGAGCUAUCUGGAUUUACCUUGAAAAAGGACAGUGAAAAACAAAAAAUGUUCCAUCUGGAGAUCUCCGCUGCUGAAGUGACAGACUCUGCUCUGUACUACUGUGCUGUAACAGGUGUUUAUAGUGAGGUUCUCACUCCUGUCAAAAAGGAAGAGAACGGUUUAGAAGGUACGACCGUUACUCUGUCUUACAGGCUCUCUAGAGAUGCUACUCCUGGCGAUGAUUUAUUCUGGUACCAUCAGCAUUCCGGAGAACCUCCAGAGUUCCUGCUGUACAUCUCAGGGCUUGGUAUCAUCAGGACAGCUGAGUCUCUUGGUUCAGACAAAAGGUUUUCUAUUGAACUGACUGAAGAGAAGACUGGAGUGGAUCUGAAGAUCUCCUCUGCUGCAGUGACAGACUCUGCUCUGUACUACUGUGCUCUGAGGCCCACAGUGACAGGAAACACAGACUCCCUGUCCAAACACCUGCCGAGCGUAAAACACACUUCCCUCUCCCCCUGAAUCCAGUGCACAGACAUUACUAACUAACCCUAACUCAUCAGAACCUCAUAA